CCCCUUUAAAGGCAGCGGCGGCGGCCCAGCUGGGGCGUCCCCGUCGCCGCCUCAGGAGCGCCGCCAUCAUGUACCGCCGCUUGGGAGAGCUGCUGGCGCCCGCCCGCGCUGCCGCUGCUGCCGCCUCUUCAUGCCCGCCGUGCGCGGAGCCCUGCGCGGCCUCGGCCUUGCAGCUAGUGCCGCCCGUCGGGGAGCCCCGCCGGGGCUACAGCCAGGCGGUGAGCCGCGAGGAGGCCUCCGAGGACGACCCCAACUUCUUCCGCAUGGUGGAGGGCUUUUUCGACCGCGGCGCCGGCAUCGUGGAGGACCAGCUGGUGUCCGGGCUGCGCACCCGCGAGAGCGCCGAGGAGAAGCGGCACCGCGUGCGCGGCAUCCUGCGCAUCAUCAAGCCCUGCAACCACGUGCUCAGCGUCUCCUUCCCCAUCAAGCGCGACAACGGCGAGUGGGAGGUGGUGGAGGGCUACCGCGCCCAGCACAGCCAGCACCGCACGCCCUGCAAGGGAGGUGAGCGGUUGCCGUUCACACUCUUGCUUGAGGAGCUCCAGUAAAUUGGAUUGGCUUCUUUGAUGACCUGCCGUUGCUUUUAAGUGGAUGUGCCAUUUGGUGGUGCAAAGGCUGGUGUUAAGAUCAAUCCUAGACUAUAUACAGAUAAUGAAUUGGAAAAAAUCACAAGGCGGUUUACCAUAGAACUCGCAAAGAAAGGCUUCAUUGGGCCCGGUGUGGAUGUGCCAGCUCCUGACAUGAGCACUGGUGAACGGGAGAUGUCCUGGAUUGCAGACACCUAUGCUAAUACCAUAGGACACUAUGAUAUCAAUGCCCAUGCCUGCGUGACGGGGAAACCCAUCAGCCAGGGUGGCAUCCAUGGCCGCAUCUCUGCCACGGGUCGUGGCGUCUUUCACGGGAUUGAGAACUUCAUCAAUGAAGCGUCAUACAUGAGCCUCUUGGGGAUGACUCCGGGAUUUGGAGAUAAAACUUUUGCCAUCCAGGGAUUUGGCAACGUAGGUUUGCAUUCGAUGAGAUACCUUCAUCGCUAUGGAGCAAGAUGUGUAGCUAUUGGAGAAAAAGAUGGUGCUAUCUGGAAUCCUGAUGGACUUGACCCAAAGGAGUUGGAAGAUUAUAAGCUGCAACACGGAUCCAUCCUCACCUAUCCAAAAGCCCAGGCUCUUGACUGCCACAUUCUCGAAGCCGAUUGUGACAUCCUCAUCCCAGCAGCCAGCGAGAAGCAGUUGACGAAAGCCAACGCCCACAACGUCAGAGCGAAAAUCAUUGCGGAAGGUGCUAAUGGACCCACCACCCCCGAAGCUGAUAAGAUCUUCUUGGAACGGAACAUCAUGGUUAUUCCAGACCUCUAUUUAAAUGCUGGUGGCGUGACUGUAUCUUAUUUUGAAUGGUUGAAGAACCUGAACCACGUCAGCUAUGGCCGCUUGACCUUCAAGUACGAAAGGGACUCAAACUACCAUCUCCUAAUGUCGGUUCAAGAGAGCUUGGAAAGAAAGUUUGGGAAACAUGGGGGAAGUAUUCCGGUUGUGCCUACUGCAGAAUUCCAGGAUAGAAUAUCUGGCGCCUCUGAAAAAGACAUUGUGCAUUCGGGCUUGGCUUACACCAUGGAGCGAUCUGCACGGCAAAUCAUGCGCACCGCCAUGAAGUACAACCUCGGUCUGGACCUGAGAACAGCCGCCUAUGUCAACGCGAUCGAGAAGGUCUUCAAAGUAUACAACGAAGCCGGUUUGACCUUCACAUAAAACGGCUCCUCGGUCUCAACCCAACACAACCGUGUUUUGAGUCCCGUUGGGGGAAAAAAAAAAAAAAGCUUACGAGAAGUUUACACCAGAAACCGUUUUCUCACUUAGCUGUAGUGGAUAUGAUUCUCAGUUAGCUCCCGUUCAAGCUAGUCCUUUUAUAUAAAUAAAUAAAAUAAAUAAAUAUAAAUAAAAUAUUGGGGGAACGGGGGGGAGAAAUCCAUGUAUUUAGAGUUCCCAAGUUGAGAGAACAACCACAGAUAACCAGCCCAUCCUAGAAUUUGUUUUUGUAGGUUUCAUCUUGAGAAGUUUAAAACCUGUUCCCUUUUUCCUCGUACGGGAAGCAUGGCCUUGCCGCAGUAAGCAACUUAGCAUCGCUUCCGACCGACAUAUAACGCUGAAGGAAAUAUUAACUGUUCAAGCACUUUUGGCUUCAGGCAAUGCUACUCUUGUAGGUUUAGGCACUUUUGAGUAAAAAAAAAAAAUGCUCUUGGAUCGGUUCUGAAGACUGAAUGGGUGACCUUCAGGGAAUAGCCCAUAUUUUCCCAUAUUUACAGUUACAGGAAGGAGAAGCCAGAAGCGUUGUUCCCUUUAAGCAACUCUUGUGUUGUUUCUUCCUUCCUUCCUUUUUUUUUUCUCCUUCCAAUCUUUGCUCCUGCUACAGGCCUGCCUCUAAAUCAUGUACUUAAGCCUCACCUUGAUUUAAGCACUUGUCCGGUUGUGUGCAAAGGGGGGAGUUCCAGGAAUCGGUUUUUUGUAUAAGCUGAAUGAGCAUUUAUAAGCUGAAUGAGCACAAAGACCACGGGAGAAUGGCUUCUUGUCACUACAUAUCCACUUAGCUUAUCUGUUUUUUUUAAAGGAUAAACACGUACUUGUGCAUAACCUUAGGACGUCCAAAGAAUUUUUGUAAGUUUUUAUUCUUCUUGUACUUUAGUUUUUGAAGUGCUUUUAGCAUUAGCGUUGGCCUGUUGAACAAUUAAAAGGUCGAAAUUACUGAUACUAAGAAGAUGGGCAGGCACACUGACAUAAUUUUUGCUCCAUUCAUCUGGAAAUGCUGAACCUGGAAAAAAAAUUGGUUAGAGGGGGCCUCGAAUCAGAACUGGAUUUGUUCCCGUAGCUGCCUUGAGGGUCUCGGCAUGGUCUUGUGUCCAGAUCAAUUCUAUAAAGUGCCAGAUGUAUUUAAUCUAAUCAGUUAGGAUGUUUUUAAAAUACACCCCAGCCCCUCCUGGAAAUUCAUGCUUUUUUUUUUCUAGCUCCUUUAUAACUCAUGACAUUACAUGGCAUCAAAAGCAAUUAUUAAAAGUUGACAUUUUGAAACAUA